AUGACUUUCUUUCUCCCAAAAAAUCAACCUGUAUUGAUAAUCGAUGUUUUUGCAGAUUGGACUACCAACGAAAAGGCUAAACACAAGGCUGCUAAACCCGAAAGUUUAACGAAACCUCAGAUAGGCGUUCCGACAGCAAAGCGUUCAUUGUCAGCUAUACAAAAAUGCCACGCCAUUCUCGUUGUGUGCGAUGGCAAGCACAGAGAAUUUACGUUACAAUGUGGCUCUGGUACUCAAGUGGUUGAAACCUGGAAAAGAGCUCAGUUAGAGCCGAACACACCAAUCGAAGCGGAAGGCUUAAGUGCUAACACAAAAGCUCGAGCAGAACGUUACGAUUUGCAACGUUUGAAUCGGAAGAAGAAG